UUAACCUAGCCGCUUUUACAUUUGGAUGAAAAAAAUGUGCUGCUAUUCUCCCCAAAACCAUGGCCGACGACUCCCCAAACAACCUCUAGCCACCGGCAAAUUGCGCCACCACACUACCUUUGCUGCGAUACACCACCAUCACAGCUGCUUCACGCCGACAUUUCUCCCCACUGUUGUUGCGACACACCACUAGCACACCCGCUUCAUGCCGACACUGUCUCCAUUGCCGACGCCGGAUACUUCUAGACCAGCACUUGCUUCCGCCGCCGGUGACUUCAGACAGCAGAUUUGGGACGACCACCCACCUUUUUUGGAGUUGUUCUUGUUUACUCAUCUAGAUAAAGCUUCAAAAAAAAAAUAUUUUGCUGGAGAUGUUGAGGGAAAGCAAUUUUUGCACAGAGAUAGAGCAAGUGAAGCUUAUGAGGUGUACUCUCGAUCCUUGCUUGAGAAGUAUGGGGAUGAUUUUCAUGAUCACCCGAUCGAUGAUGCUGAACUGUGGGCGAAAACCCAAAGGGAGAUAAGUGGAGCUUCUAGGAGUAGUUAUAUCUAUAGGAUUGGGAUCCUCGGAUAUAAACUUUUUGUUCAAUGGGAAAUCAUCUGCUGCUACGGGGUGUUCAUCGUCCUUUUGUGGGUCUCAACAAGAGGUUAAGGAGCUAUGAACUCAACUUGAAAAUGCGGAGAGGGAAAGAGUUUUUAUGCAACAAAAACAAGAAAUAAUGGAACAACAGUUGGCUCAACUAAUGAGACAAUUUGCUAACCCUCCCGAAGAUCGAUGUUAGAUUUGUUGUUGGAAACAUUUUAUUAAGCAUGUUGGUGAAGUACAAAAACCUAAUUGUUUUGGUGAAAUAUUAGAGGAUAACUAUCAUUUUGAUGAAGUAUUGGAUAUUUAGAUAGCAACUAUCAUUUUGUUGAAGUAUUGGUACC